UCCUCUUUUGUCUCUGUGUUCUACUCCAUGCUUUUGGUUCUUCGUUAAAUCUUGCCUGAACUGAAUUUGGGGAUUUUUGCUUCUUUCGAGGAUUUGUAAUUUUGAGAGCCCUAUUUUUUUUGGCGUAAAGCCACUGCUUUAGGGUUGAGCACCGAUUUGCAUAUCUGAAUUCUGAACCAUGGGAUUGGGAGAAGCUUCUAGAACUUCAACCAAUGUCGGAAACAGUGACGGCGGUGGCGCCUCCACUUCCGGCAGCAGCGUCAAGAGGUUUCCGCUGGCUGCGCAGCCGGAGAUUAUGAGGGCUGCUGAGAAAGAUGACCAGUAUGCCUCCUUCGUCUAUGAAGCUUGCCGUGAUGCUUUUCGUCACCUCUUCGGUACAAGAGUCGCUGUAACUUACCAGAAUGAGGCAAAACUCUUAGGGCAGAUGCUCUAUUAUAUGCUGACAACGGGUGCAGGGAAGCAAACAUUAGGAGAAGAAUACUGUGAUAUCACUCAGGUUGCAGGACCAUAUGGACUUUCCCCAACACCUGCAAGACGUGCUCUUUUUAUUUUCUAUCAGUCAGCUGUUCCAUAUAUUGCAGAAAGAGUCAGUUCUAGAGCAGCUUCCCAUGGCAUCACCCUGGCUGAUUCAAUGGCGGACUAUGCAUUUGGGGAUGAUCCUACUUCAAGCAAUGAAGCUGAGGCGUUACCUACUUUUGAGAUACACUCAUCUUCAACAUCCGCUCCAUCAAUUUCAGCUCUUUCAAGAUUGAAAGCCAAGAUAAGGGAUUUCUGGUUGUAUACAGUUCGAAGGUGGCCUUCGAUGCUUCCCCUUGCUCGUGAGAUUUUGCAAUUGGUUAUCCGGACCAAUCUCAUGUUCUUCUAUUUUGAAGGACUUUAUUAUCAUAUAUCAAAACGUGCUGCGGGCAUACACUAUGUGUUCAUUGGAAAACCUAUGAACCAGCGACCUAGAUAUCAAAUACUAGGGGUCUUCCUUCUAAUUCAAUUAUGUAUUCUUGCUGCUGAAGGUCUGAGACGUAGUAGUUUAUCAUCUGUUUCAACUUCUGCUCAACAAGCACCCUUUGGAACCUAUCGAACUUCUGCAGGCCGAGGUUUGCCUGUUUUAAAUGAGGAAGGCAAUCUAAUAACUACCGAAACUGAGAAGUAUGGAUUGGUUGCUGAAUCCACAUCAACUUCAGAGUCUCAAGGAAACAGUCCAAGCAAAUGCACACUUUGCCUAAGCAGCCGCCAACAUCCAACAGCCACUCCUUGUGGUCAUGUAUUUUGCUGGAACUGCAUAAUGGAGUGGUGCAAUGAAAAGCCUGAAUGUCCCCUUUGUCGUUCUCCCGUUACACAUUCAAGCUUGGUUUGUCUGUAUCAUUCAGAUUUUUAGUCAUGGAUAGGUCAAAUAUUGCAAAAAGAUAACUGCAAAAUAAAUCAUGAAGGACAGGUCUGUUCCAAAUGUGUCGAGAAAUAUGAGAU